AUGGAGGCAGAUUAACUAUUGGUGACUAAUUUUUUUAUAGAAUAAUAAAUAAAAAUAUUAAAACCCUAACCUCUAGCUAUUAAAUAAAGUGCUGAAAUUUUAUAACAUUACUAUAAAUUGUAUGCAGUAAUAAUUUUAACAUAUUACCACAUUUAUUAGAAAGAAUAAGUCAAAAUCCUAGAAACGUCUUUAAUCAGCAUUUAUUCAUUCUUUCAAUCUGACAACAUAAAGGAGGAUUAUUAGGAUAUCAACUCUAAAAUAAAUAAUUUACUUGAAGAUAUUUCUAAAAUUGAUGAUCAUGCAAUCAAAAAAGGAUAAUUUCGUAGAUCCAUCAAUCGAAAGUCAUUAUAAAAGUAUGUCAUUCUUAUUUUAUAUAAUAAAUAUAGAUCAUUUAAAAAUUUAUCUUUAAAACUUAGAAUAACUUUCGAUAUUAUCAGUAAAAAAUGGAUAAAUAAACAAAAUUUUAAAAAUUAAUUAAGAUGGUCUAAUCUAUGCAUAAGAAACAUAUAAAAGUAUAUUGAUAUAUUUAUGAUAAAGUUCUUUGAAUUUAGAUUUAGCAUAAGUCUCUAAAAAGCUUUUUAAAAUGUUUAUUUGUAGAAUUUGUGAAUAACCAAUAUAAGCAGCACUUAUGACUUAACAUUGUAUAAAAUGUGAACAAUAAGCUGAAAGCAAAAAAAAAUUAUUAGAAUUAAAUUUAGAAUUAACAAAUAUUUGUGAAUAAGCUUAUUUAGAAAAAAGAAAUGUAUAAGUAAAAUUAGCAAUUAAAAAGUAUUAUUAUUAUAUCUAUAGUAAAGAAUGAGAGAUAAAACAAGAAAAAGAUAAUAUCAUAAUACAAAAUAUAUUUAUAGAAGAGUCUAGACUUUAGAUGAUUAGGAUGAGGAUGAAGAUAAUUAAAAUGAUUAUCAAUAAGAAUUGAACAAUAUAGUAAAUAUAAUGACGCAAAUUAUUAACUUUGCUGAAAAGACAUUAAAUAAUGUUGCUGAAGUUGAAGAUACUAAAUGUAAUAACUUUUCUUGAGCUUUAUUAAUAGAAACAUUAGUACUGUUAAAUGACAUAAUUAAUGCAAUUGAAUGUAUUGAAAGCCAAGAAACAUUAUAGAUUAUAAAUGCAACUCAUAAAUGUUUAUUAGAUAGACUUGAUUAUUAAAAAAAAUAAGAAAAUAUUGUUAAUAAUUCAAUAGAAAGAUCACCUAAUCAAAGUUAAGAUAAUAUUAAUAAAAUUAAAAGAGCAUUUACUAAAUCUAAUUCAAUAUCAUUUAGAAUGCCUAAAUUUAAAAAUUCUUAAUCUCCUUCUUAAAGAAUAUCUACAGAUCCCAUUUAAGAAGAAGAUGAUUCACCAUCAUCUCCAUAAAUUUAAUCAUCUUAAAAACUUGUAUCUUAGAGAAGAACUUUUAAAAUGAAUUCUUCUAUUUUUAAAGUCAGUGAUGGAUCAGAAUCACCAAAAUCUAUUAAAUAACCACUUGCUUUAACUUAAAUUAAAAAUAGUUAUUUUUUUUAAACAGAAGUUAAUUAAUCAAUAAAUACUUCUAUUAGUGAACUAUCACUAGAAUAAGCAUAAUAAAAAUCAAAUAAUAAUCUCAAUUAAUCGAGAGAUAAAAUUUAAAGUUCAUUAUAAAAAUUAUCUUAAUUUAAAGCAUCUAUCUAACCUAUUUUAAUCAAAAAUUAAAAAAUAUAAAAUUUAGAAGAAAUUACAGAAGAAUAAAAAUAAUUUAAUAAAAUUAAUGUAAAAAAAUAAUCCAUUAAAGAUAGUGAAAAUUCAUCUAAUAUUUCAAGUAUGGAAUCAGGUAAUUCUAAUUCAAAUAAUAACGAAAUGAAUAAUUUAGCAUCGAAAAAAAAAUUAAUAAAAAAGAAGAAGUUAAGUUAUUAAUCAUAAGAAAUUGAAAAAAUGCAAUUAAAUUCUAAAAAUACAUAAAGAAAAAGUAAAUUCUUUGAAAAUUAAAUUUGUAAAUCUCCAAUGAUUUUGUAAGAAAAUACAAUGGAUGAAGUUUUGAUAGAUAAAGGUUAUAAUUCUGAUUCAAAUUUAAUAAAAACUGUUUCGCCUUAAUUAAAUGAAAUAUCAAAAGUUGGAAUAAAGGAUUUUGAAUUCAUAAAAUUAUUAGGAAAAGGAGCUUAUGGAUGGGUAUUUUUAGUAAAAAAGAAAGGUUCAGGAGAUCUUUAUGCUUUGAAAAUAAUAGAUUGUGCUUAAAGAGUAAAAUAAAGUAAUAUAAUAGAAUUUAGAAGCAUUUUUGGAAUAGUUAAAAGCUGAAAGAAAUAUAUUUGAGAUAUUAAAUAGUAGUUUUGUAGUAAAAGCCUACUUUUCAUUUGUUCAUGAAUAAUAUCUUUGUUUUGUACAAGAAUAUAUGAUGGGAGGUGAUUUAGCUAGUAUUUUAAAAUAAUAUACAGUAUUAUCUUAAUUAAUAAUUUAUUAAGGCACUUGAUGAAUUUUAUGUUUAGCAUUAUAUGGCUGAGAUAGUUUUGGCAUUAGAAUAUUUAAGAUAAUAAAACAUUGUACAUAGAGAUUUGAAACCAGAAAAUAUUUUAUUAGAUUCUUAAGGUCAUUCUAAGCUUGCAGAUUUUGGACUUUCAGAAUAAGGAGUGAAUAGUAGAUUGAAAUUAAAAGAAAAUUUGAAUUCUAAUAAUUUUGUUGAAAUACCAACUUGUGUAGAAUAAAUCAGUGAUUAAUAGGCUUAUUAGCCUAUAUAUAAGUAACUUAAAAAAGUAGAAUCUAUUUUAGUGGAGAAACAAGGAAGCAAAACUAAAAAGUAAUAUAUAUAUAUUAAAAAUCGUAGGAUAGUUGGUACUCCAGAUUAUAUUGCUCCUGAGAUUAUAUUAGGAACUUCAAUUAGUAAUUUUAGUUUAGAUUAUUGGAGUUUGGGUAUUAUAAUGUAUGAAUUACUUUGUGGUAUUACACCUUUUAAUGAUGAUACUGUUGAGAAAAUCUUUGAUAAUAUUCUUAAUAUGAGAAUUGAAUGGCCUUAAAUAGGAGAUGGAGAAGAUUGUAUUUCAGAAUAAGCAUAUGAUUUAAUAGUCAAAUUAUUAGAGCCAGAUUUUAAUAAGAGAAUUGGCCACAAAUCUAUUGAAGAAAUAAAAAAUCAUAAAUUUUUUAAAGGUUUAAAUAAUCUCUCUUAUUUUAUAGGUAUAUUAUGGAAUAGGUUAUUGAGUAAACCAGGAUUAAUUAUUCCAGAAUUAAAUUGUGAAUCAAAAGACAAUGAAAAAAUGCAAUAGUUUUUAAAAAAAUUGGAGAAAACUAAUAAAGAUUAAGAAAAUAAAAAAUUAGCUUAAUAAUUGAAAGCUUAACUUUAAAAUUUGGAAAGAAUUGAUUUAUUAAAAUAAAGAAGCACAUAAGAAUCAGAAAAAUAUUUGUAUAAAUAAUUAUUAAUUAGAUCGUAAGUUGAAUUUGAACAAAAAAAAAUUUUAAAUCAAAUUGAUUUACUUACAUAACUUUAUGCCAAAAUUUACUAAAUAUACUCUAAAUAGUAGUGA